AUGCAGUUUUUUUUCGUGAGGAAUCUGAAGUGCUGGGAGUGUAAAGCUAGAACAGCCAGACCUCCAAAAUCGAAACUUUUGGAGUUGGAACUUGCUUUGGAUAUUUGUAAACGAGCAUUCAAGGAACGAAAUUGGGAUGAUGAUGACAAGACGACUUUCCUCAUCAUCUCGAAUGAUGAUUUCUUCAAUCAUGUGGUUCGAGCAGCUUUGGUUAGAGAAGAAUUCACUGUGGUCACAGGAAUCCUUGACGGAAUGAUUCGAGAAGAAAUGUUUCGUUACAUCUAG